AUGCAUCUUGCAUUUUCCAUGAAAGAGCUUGGCAAUAUUUCUUAUGUUCUUGACAUCUCCGUCCAACAUACUCUUACUGGUUUUUCUCUCUCUAAAGACAAGUAUGCUACUGAUUUGCUUGCCAAAGCUGGCAUGAUUGAUUGUAAGUCAUGUGCUACUCUUGUCUUCAUGAAGCCUCUCUUUGCUCAUGAAAAUUCUCUUCCCUUCAAUCAGGCAUACCAAUACAUGCAUGCUCCUAUUGUGGGUCAUUUUGCAGCAGUGAAGAGAAUUUUGAGAUAUGUCAAGUUAGCCGAUAUUUUUGCUAAACCAUUGUCUAUAGCACGAUUCUCUACUCUUACUUCCAAUCUCAUGGUUUGUCCUACACCCAUUCGAUUACGGGGAAAUGAUAAGGAAGAUAUUAUAGAGUCUGCUAAGAGAGUUGGUACACAAUAA